CGCGGAUCAAAUAUGUGUAAAAAAAUAGAUUUAGACAAAAACGUUACGCACUAGUGCGUGAAGUAUUUUCACUUUAUGCACUAGUGCGUGAAGUAAUUUACCAGAAAAAUGCUAAAUUGACAGUGUCGACAUCUGUCAUUGACAUUGACAUUACUUCACGUACUAGUUUGUGAUGUGAAUUACUUUACGCACUAGUUCGUGAAGUAAAACUUUGCGUCUUCUGAGUAGUGCGUAAAGUAACUACUUUACGCACGGUAGUAGAAAAAAAUUAUCAUGCAACGUUCAUCAUUCAGCAUCUAUGGUGACGUCACAAACGAUAUUUGGUAUUGUAGUACCAACCACACAAAUAGAAAAACGAAAAAUCCCAAUAAAACCUGACGUGUCUCCAGCGAUUAUUGACAGAGUUGUCAAAAACAGGUGGAACAAAAAACAAAUCCUAUGGUCAAUGGUGCUUCUUGUGCCCCCUCUAUCGCUAGUCUAUCCCACAUUUUCCUCUAGCCGGCGAACCAAAAUGAAUAUUUUUACAUCUUUUCGAAUUUCUAACUUAAAUUUACUAUUUUUGAUAUUGCCCUUUAUUGGGGUCGGUCGAUCCAGCGUAGAAGUUCCGAGACCAAGAGGCGUUUCACUAUCCAGACUCGCUCUAUAUGAUCCAGAGAAAGAUUUUACUUGCUUCGAUGGAAGCAACACUAUUCCAUUUGAUCAGGUAAAUGAUGACUACUGUGACUGUCCCGAUGGUAGUGACGAACCAGGCACAAGUGCUUGUCCGGGAGGCAGCUUCCAGUGUACCAAUGCAGGAUUUAAACCCGAAAUAUUAUCUUCAGACAGGGUCAACGAUGGCAUAUGCGAUUGCUGUGACGGUACUGAUGAAUAUUCUGGCAAAAAAACUUGCGUGAAUAACUGUUUGGAAGUUGGAAGAGCAGCUAGGGAGGAAGCAGCUAGAUUAGCAGAAUUGUUCAAAGUUGGAAAACAACUAAGAGCUGAACUUGCUCAAGAAGGCCAAAAAAUGAAAAACGAGAAACAAGAAAAGUUGAACGAGCUAGCUAAAAAUAGAGAAGAGGCUGAAAAUGUAAGACUGGAACGUGAGGAAAUCAAGAAAAAAGCUGAAGAACUAGAAAACAAGGCUUUAGAAUAUUAUAGAGAAUUAGAAGAUCAAUACAAAAAGAAGAAAGCUGAACAAGAAGCUGAAAAACUCAAAGAAGAAGCACUAGAAAACUUUAAAAAAUUCGACAGCAAUCAAGACGGUCUAAUUGACAUUGCAGAAAUUCAAAGCCGAUCAUCCUUUGACAGGGACCGCAAUGGACAAGUAUCAGAAGAAGAAGCCAAACUUUUCCUUAACAACCAAGACUCUGUCGAAUUAGAAACUUUCAUUGAAAAAUCGUGGCCUUUGAUGAAACCUUUUGUCUCUAUUGAUUCUAGCAUGUAUAAACCACCUGUGACUGAUUCAGAAUUAGAGGGCGAAGAACAGGAAGGACAUGAAGAACAAGAAAAAUCAUUAGGGGAACUUGAAGAAGGCGAAAUAGAACAAGAUGAAGAAGAUGAGGAAGAAGCAGAGCCAGAAGAAACUCAAGAGGAAGAACACAAAGUUGAGUAUGAUGAAGAAACUCAAAAAUUGGUAGAUCAAGCUACUGAAGCUAGGAAUCAAUAUGAUGAUGCUGAUAGGGAUGUCAAAUCAAUUAACGACCAAAUAAGACAAAUAGAAGAAAGCCUUAAAAAGGAUUUCGGCCCUGAAGAAGAAUUCGCCUCUCUCGAAGGCCAAUGUUUCGAGUUUAAAAACCUCGAAUACACUUACAAACUUUGUCCAUUUGAAAAGACUGUACAAAUUCCCAAUUCAAACUCUAUGGAAACGAGUUUGGGAAGAUGGGGCAAAUGGGAUGGACCCAGUGGUAAUUCUUAUAGCGCAAUGUUGUACGACAAUGGUCAGAAUUGUUGGAAUGGUCCGAAUCGAUCCACAAAAGUCAAUCUGUUCUGUGGCGGAGAAAAUAAAGUUACUAGUGUUUCAGAACCAAACAGAUGUGAGUAUGCUUUUGAUUUCGAAACACCAGCUGCAUGUCACAUAGCAGGAUCAAGAGAUGGUGAAGCAGACGUCCACGAUGAAUUAUAGGCAAUGAAAACUAUUUUAGAGAAAAUUUUUCGUGAAAAUUAAAUGCGGGUUUUUGUGCUACUGUUUGUUGACCAAUUGAUAUCUUGUGUAAUUUUUGGGAUAGUGGGGUUUGUGUCAAAAUAGGUAAAUAUUUCUUAAGAGGGCCUCAUAUUUUUUUAUCCUUUUUACACGAAGUUUUAGUGUUUUGUAGAUAUUCUGUAUUAGGUAUUUUCUUUCAUAUUUUGUUUUUUUUUAAGACUCAGUUUAUAUAAAUGUGGUGGCAGUAUGUAUUAUAUUAAAAUGGACGUAAUUAUUGUGAUUUUUCAUUAUUUAUUAUUUUUAAUAUAGUCUUAUCGAGUCUUAUAUUAAAGCACAUCUUUGAACUAUCAACCCUCAUCGUUGUUAUCAUCAUUUGUAUUGUUGUGUCAUUUUUUUUUUGAAUAAAAUUCUGUUUUAGAGAAAAUA